CGUUUCCGUGCCAGUACUUUACUUUUUCGAUACUAUACACAGAAGACAGUCCUAUUCCUGCUUCAACUCGGAUCCAGAUCAACAAACAUGGAGAUCGGAAAUCCAACCGCCGACGAGUCAUCGUCGGCAACAAUGGCGGAACUGCUACCGUUAGCCUCCGUUUCGCAACAACCGUACGUCUCCGAACUCCUUUCCUUCACUCUCGAUCGCCUGCACAAGGAACCGGAGCUUCUCCGCGUCGAUGCUGAGAGAAUUCGACGGCAGAUGCAAGAGGUUGCUGUCAAUAACUACCGCUCGUUCAUUUCCGCCGCUGAUGCUUUGGUUUCGAUUCGACAUGAAGUCUCAAGCAUCGAUAAACACCUGGAAUCGUUGAUUGCAGAGGUCCCAAAGCUAACAUCAGGCUGCUCUGAGUUCAUCGAAUCUGCAGAACAAAUUUUGGAGAAGAGAAAGAUGAACCAAACACUGCUGGCCAAUCAUAGUACUUUGCUCGACUUACUUGAAAUUCCUCAACUUAUGGACACAUGUGUAAGGAAUGGAAAUUACGAUGAAGCUUUAGACUUGGAAGCAUUUGUCAGCAAACUGUCUACAAUGCAUCCAAAAUUACCAGUCAUUCAAGCACUUGCUGCAGAAGUUCAAGAGAUUACCAAGUCUUUGCUCUCACAGCUUCUCCAAAAACUAAGAUCAAAUAUUCAGUUACCAGAAUGCCUUCGCAUUAUUGGAUAUCUACGAAGAAUAGGAGUAUAUAGUGAGUACGAAAUGCGCCUACAGUUCCUAAGAUGCAGAGAAUCAUGGUUAUCUGGAAUUCUUGACGACCUAGAUCAGAGAAACGCGUAUGAAUACUUAAAAGGGAUGGUAAACUGUCACCGGAUGCAUCUCUUUGAUGUUGUUAACCAAUACCGCGCCAUAUUUGCUGAUGAUACAUCGGGAAGUGAAGAGAAUUAUGACGGUGGACUUCUUUUCAGCUGGGCCAUGCAUCAGAUAUCCUCUCACCUUAAAACUCUCAAAGUUAUGCUCCCGAAGAUUACUGAAGGCGGAUCAUUGUCUAAUAUAUUGGAUCAGUGCAUGUAUUGUGCCAUGGGGCUCGGUUGGGUUGGAUUGGAUUUUCGUGGCUUGCUUCCACCUCUAUUUGAAGAGGCUGUCUUAAACCUAUUCUCAAAGAAUAUGAAUACAGCAGUGGAGAAUUUUCAGUUGGUUUUGGAUUCUCAUCGAUGGGUUCCAUUACCGGCAGUCGGUUUCUCAUCCAAUAGCUUUGGUGAAGAAGGCCAGGAGGAUGUUACACCACCUCCUAAUUUAAUGGAGCAUCCGCCUCUUGCUGUUUUCGUUAACGGUGUAUCUGCUGCAAUGAACGAACUCCGGCCUUGUGCUCCGAUCAGUUUAAAACAUAUACUUGCUCAAGAAUUAGUGAAGGGGCUCCGCACGGUUUCUGAUUCGUUAUUGAGAUACAAUACGACCAGGGUGCUUAGGGAGAACGAGUCGGUUCUUUUCUUGUCUAUGUGUCGAGCAUUUGUAGAGGUGGCAUAUCCACAUUGUGCUACAUGCUUUGGACGGUGUUACACUGGAGGAUCUUCGCUUAUCACAGAUGGCAAUCACGUGUUUGAGGGACUUAAUCGUCUUUUGACAACGUCUUCCUCGAGACAGUUACCAAAAAGAGUUCAAAGUGCUGAAACAAAAGAGAAUGGCGAUUCACCUGCCGUUGAAAAUGGAGUAGUAGUUGCAGAUGUUAACGAAGCUGAGAAUAAGAACGUGGUUGAGGAAGAUAAUGUGAACAACACGAGUUCAGAAAUCCAAAAUGAAGAACAAACCGUAAAUCCAAAAUCUUAAAUCCCCUCCAAAUUGUUAUGGUUUGUAUAAUGAACGAAAUUUAAGCAUCACAAAUGAGCGAAAAAAUGGGUAUGGCUAUGUUAUCUUUGUUUUUUUUUCUCUAUAUAUAUACACACACAUUUAAAGUGAGUUCUUUUAGGAGGAUCUAAGAUAUGAAGUAUAUGUAUGUAUCAAAAGAUAGAUUUUCCCGGGUUUCGCUUUGUAUUCCGGCUUUGAGGACAUGGAUAUAAAGAUUAUGUAUGAUUUCAAAACUAGCAUAUAAAGUAGUCAACUAAUUUCACUCUC